GGGAGACCGGACACACGUCAGGUCGCUAGCCGUGGAACGCCGGGGGAUGUCCAGUCCGCUGUACGGAAUACAGAAAAGCGGAUUUAUUACAAGUACACCGUUAAUUUCUAAGUUGGCUUUUUACUGAGGACAAUGAGGUUGAAGGAAAUCCUGAGGACAGCCCACCAGGCAUGGAGCCCUGCUGCGCACCAUCCUGCCUACCUGGCAACAGGUACAUCAGCCCAGCAGCUGGAUGCAUCGUUCAGCACAAGCGCUGCUCUGGAGAUUUUUGAGAUGGAUUUUGCCGAUUCCUCACAGGAGCUGAAACUGAGAGGGUCCCUCUCCACUCUUAACAGGUUCCACAGUCUCAUCUGGGUGAAUUUUGGGAUGGGAGUAGACGGGUCUUGUGGGAGGCUUGUCGGAGGCAGUGAAAAUGGCACACUGACCGUGUACAGCCCGGAGGAAAUCCUGAAAUCUGGAGAGGGGGCAGUUGUUGGACAGUCCAGCAAACACACCGGUCCUGUCCGAGCUCUCGAUUUCAACCCAUUCCAGAGUAAUCUUUUGGCGUCAGGGGCAAAUGAUUCAGAAAUUUAUAUCUGGGAUCUGAAUAAUUUCAGCAAUCCAAUGACACCAGGGGCAAAGUCUCAGCUCUGUGAGCCAGUUGAAGACAUCAGUGUGGUUGCAUGGAACAGGCAGGUACAGCACAUCCUAGCCUCUGCACAUCCAAGUGGCAAAGCUGUUGUGUGGGACCUUCGAAAGAACGAGCCCAUCAUUAAAAUCAGUGAUCACAGUAACAGGAUGCACUGUUCUGGCAUGUUGUGGCACCCCGAAGUGGCCACCCAGCUGGUCCUGGCCUCUGAAGAUGAUCGCCUGCCUGUCAUCCAGAUGUGGGACCUGCGAUUUGCUACGUCACCCCUGAAGGUCCUGGAGAACCACACAAGGGGAAUCCUGUCCAUGUCCUGGAGCCAGGCUGACCCCGAGCUGCUUCUCAGCAGUGCCAAGGACAACCGCAUCUUGUGCUGGAAUCCUUUCACUGGAGAGGUGAUCUAUGAGCUGCACACCUCGAACCAGUGGUGCUUUGAUAUCCAGUGGUGUCCUCGGAAUCCAGCUUUGCUCUCGGCGGCUUCGUUUGAUGGGCGGAUCACAGUUUACUCGGUCAUGGGAGGCAGCCUGGAGGCUCAGCAGCAAAGCAGCAUUGACAAGGUCUCAUCCUCUUUUGAUGCCAUGGACCCAUUUGGGACGGGACAGCCGCUUCCACCUCUGCAGGUGCCUCAGCCCCAGGCCAAGUCAACAGUGAUCCCACCGCUGAAGAAGCCCCCUAAGUGGGUGCGCCGUCCUGUGGGGGCCUCCUUUGCGUUUGGUGGAAGGCUCCUCACCUUUGAGAACCCCAAGCCCCAGCAGCAGCCUGGCCCACAGCCUCACACCAGGCAGGUGUUUGUCAGCCAGGUAAUCACAGAGACUGAGUUUCUGCAGCGCUCCUGUGAACUGCAGACAGCGCUGCAGUCUGGAACCUUCUCUGGCUACUGCCAGACCAAGAUCCACAAAGCAGCCUGCGAAUCUGAACAGGACAUCUGGAGGUUUCUGAAGGUCAAUUUUGAAGAGGAUGCCCGUCUUAAAUUUCUAAGGCUUUUAGGUUUCAGUAAAGAAGAAUUGCAGAAAAAGAUCGCCACAAGUUUGGGAAAGAGUGCACAACCAAAUGGGGUUGAUGCAAAUGAUCUGGCCGAAAAGAUGCAGCUUCUUUCUACACAGCGGCUUGACGAGUCCAAUGCAGAAACCUCCAUUCCCUCAGCUUCAUCCUCACCGUCUGACUUCUUCAGUCACCUACCCAACAGCAAGCCCAGCCUCCACAUCCCUGUCUCCUCAGACACCGAUGGCCUGAUCAGCCAGGCCCUACUGGUGGGAAACUUUGAGGGAGCCGUAGAUCUGUGCCUGAGCGAUGGGCGCUUUGCCGAAGCCAUCCUCUUGUCUAUCAGUGGAGGAGAGGAGCUGCUGAAGAAGACCCAGCAACGAUACCUUGACAAGCAGAAGAGCAGCAUCUCAGUGCUUAUAUCAUCUGUGGUAAACCAGAACUGGGCAGCUGUAGUGCAAAACUGUGAUCUAGACAGCUGGAAGGAAGCCCUGGCCAUUCUUCUGACGUACGCUCGACCUGAGGAGUUUGCCCAGCUGUGUGACACAUUGGGGGCACGUUUGGAGCAUGAAGGUGUGGAGAAGAGGUGCCUGCAGGCCUGCUUGUGUUACAUCUGCUCAGGGAAUAUCGAGAAGUUGGUGCAGUGCUGGGCUCAGCAGAAAGACUGUUCGUCACCCUUGGCCUUAGAGGACCUGGUGGAGAAGGUGAUGAUCCUGCGCAAGUCGAUUGAGCGGCUACGUGGCGGGGAAGUGAUGACCCAGAGCCCAGUUCUGGCAGACAAGCUGACCCAUUACGCAAACCUUUUGGCUUCUCAGGGGAGUCUGGCUGCUGCUAUGAACUACCUACCAGCCAGUUCAAAUCAGCCGGUCAUCAUGAUGCUGAGGUAUCGGCUUUUCCACGCCCAGGGAGAGCAGGCCGAGGGCCCCCAGCCGCCCUUCCCAUACAGCCGAGUGGCGGUAGGGGGAGCCCCACAUUCCACCCAGUUUGGUGUGGCUCAGCCUUCAGUUCAGAAGUCCCACAAGCCGGAGCCCUACCAGCCUGCAAUUCCCCCUAAGGUGGCAGAUGUGGGGCAGCCCCCUGCCCCUACGCUGUACACAGCACAGACAGCCCCCACGGCUGGUUCGCAUCUCCACUCUUACCCUGGGGCACCACCUACCUCACACGUCCAGACCUCUAGCCUGACACACCAACCACAAAGACCAGCGUACCCCCAGCAUCCCUCCGCUGCUCCAGGAUUCCCUCCAGCGCAGCCAUUCACUCCGUUAGCGGGGCUGACUGGCUUCCCCUCAGGCCCUGUAAUGCCAACAGCCAGCCUGGCAGGACCUUCACUGCCUCCAGCUUCAGCCUCUGGCAGCAUUCCCCUGAUGCCCGGCCCGGGCUUGCCACAGUCCAGCUUUAUGCCACCGGGCCCAAUCUCAUCUGGUUCCCUCCCAUCAACUUCACAGCCAGGGGCGUCUGUCCCCCUGUUUCCAGGAAGCUCUCACGGGCAUGUCCCGAUGCCACCAGUUUCUUCUGCCCCAUACCAGCCCGUGGGGCCUGGGUACCCACAAGGCGGUCCUGGAGCCCCCGGGAUGAAGUCUUCCUCUGCUGCAGCGGUUCCACCGCCACCUAUAGGCUCUCAGGAUGGCUGGAAUGACCCCCCUGCUGUGCGUGGAGGUCCCAGAAAGAAAAAGCUCCCUGAGAACUACACUCCACCGGUUCCUAUCACGGCCCCUGUGAUGGGUUUCCCCAUGGAGACACCUCAAGCCCCAGAGCUCAUGCAGGCACCCCCUGGAGCCCCCCAGGAGCCCAGCGUCCAGCGUCUCCAGCAGCUUCCCGCAGAGAAGGUGGAGCAACGGGAGAUCCCUGCAGAGCACAAGGUCCUCAAGACCACUUUCGAUGGGUUGCUGCAGCGCUGCCAGUUAGCGGCUGCUGACCCGCAAACAAAAAGAAAACUGGAUGAUGCGUCUAAGCGCCUCGAGCACCUGUAUGAUAGACUCAGAGAACAAACGCUGUCUCCCAGCAUCCUGGCUGGACUCCACGAGUUGAGCCGCUGCAUCGAGAGCCGCAACUACCAGCACGCCCUCGCUGUUCACACCCAGAUCGUGAGCAGCAGCAACUUCAGUGAGAUCUCAGCCUUCAUGCCAAUCCUCAAGGUGGUGAUGACCAUUGCUAACAAGCUUGGCAUCUAACCACAGGAGCAGAAAACUUGUUUCUGUAUCAAAGAUCCUUAAGAGUUAUAUCUAAAAUGUGAGCUAUUGCAAUGUGCUUUGGUGCUUUAAUUGAUAACAUGCUGCAAAUUCAUAUUUUUUUCCGUGACAUUUGUUUUACGAUUAACAAGCUGUUUUCAGUUCAAGGGCUUUUUAGUCUUGUUUGGAAGGGAAGCCAAACUUCACUGCUGAUGCGGUGCUAAUUUGCACACAUCAAAUGUGUUUGCUUGAGUAAUUACAGUUUUGUUUAUUUUUUUUUUUUUGCGGGGGGGGGGAUGCGUUGAAAUUUUGAAGAGAGUUUUGCAAAGAUUACAUUUCCGUCAGGUUUGAAUGUGAGAUGUCACCUCCCGUUACGACUUUGCUUUUUCUUUGUUCUGGAGAGAGAAUUAUUCUGGGAGCAUCGGUGACAAGGCCUCAACAAUCAACCUUCACAUUUACCCAUUUUAACACUGGUGUGUGCACUGGUAGUUAUGUGCACAUACUUUGGAGCCUCACUUUAGAUACUGUAAUUCUAGAGCACUCCAUCUGUUUAGCUAGUGAAUGGUUCUCACUCAGGCUCAAAAGUGUGGUAUUGCAACUGUAAACUUUCUGAAUAAAUAAAAUUUUGAAUUUAAUUUUUUAAAAGCAUUCUUUACCAUAGCAUCUCUCACAUAUUCAAAACAUGCCAACACUCCCAUGUCCUAAUCCAUUUCAAGUGCAAUACAAUUUUUUUUUUAAUCUUCAAAAGGAUGUAGAUUGUCGUAUUUGGUCUGAUGUCAAUCAUUAAGUAUAUAUGAACAGCUUUAAAAUUCAUCCAAGCAAGAGUUGUUCUGAUGGAUGCUGAUGUCCUCUGAGAUGUUGGAUUGCCAAAUGGUCUAUCUUUCCAUGAUCUUGUGUCAGGUAACAUAGUGGCACCGGCCUUCAUCGUUGGAGCGUUUCCUUUACUCGUUCAUUGCGCUUCACCGAU